UCUCUGUAGCAGAGGGUUUUACUUAAAAAAUAAUGCUUAUUUCCCAUGUCUUGGAGACCCUCUUUUGAAGAGCCACAGUCAUGAAUAGCUUUAGAGUCUUGCUUCGAAGCAGCCAAUGUAUCCUGCUGCUGCUCUUUCUCCUGCAGUUUCAGAGUCUGGGUCUGGAUAUGGACAGUAGAUCAGCUGCAGAAGUCUGUGCCACACACACAAUUUCACCAGGACCUAAAGGAGAUGAUGGUGAAAAAGGAGACACGGGAGAAGAAGGCAAGGAUGGCAAGGUGGGACGCAGGGGACCGAAAGGAGUUAAAGGAGAACUUGGUGAUAUGGGAGCCCAGGGCAAUAUUGGCAAGUCUGGCCCCAUUGGCAAGAAGGGUGACAAAGGGGAAAAGGGUCUGCUUGGGAUUCCUGGAGAAAAAGGCAAGGCAGGUACCAUCUGUGACUGUGGGAGAUACCGGAAAGUGGUUGGACAACUGGAUAUUAGUGUUGCUCGUCUUAAGACAUCAAUGAAGUUCAUCAAGAAUGUCAUAGCAGGGAUCCGAGAAACUGAAGAGAAAUUUUACUACAUUGUGCGAGAGGAGAAGAACUACAGGGAAUCGCUGACCCACUGCAGGAUCCGGGGAGGGAUGUUAGCCAUGCCUAAGGAUGAAGUUGUUAACACCCUUAUUGCUGACUAUGUUGCCAAGAGUGGCUUCUUCAGAGUGUUCAUUGGGGUUAAUGACCUCGAGAGGGAGGGGCAGUAUGUGUUCACAGACAACACCCCACUGCAGAACUACAGCAACUGGAAGGAAGGGGAGCCUAGUGACCCCUAUGGCCAUGAGGACUGUGUGGAGAUGCUGAGCUCCGGCAGGUGGAAUGACACAGAGUGUCAUCUUACCAUGUAUUUCGUCUGUGAGUUUGUCAAGAAGAAAAGAUAAUUUCCCUCUUUUCCUAGGGCUCCCAGCAGUGACCAUCAUUCAUCUUAGCCUUUCUAUUUACACUACACUUGCUAAAAUGGCGU